AACCACCUCAAACAAUCUUGCCGCAGUUAUAGGCUACCAAUGGAAAAUUUAGUGCUAAGGGCGGUAAAUCGCAUGCAGGUUUGCUGCUGCAGAAAGACGCACCUUUAAGCGACACACACACGCCCUGUGACUCUCAAAGUACCUGCACAGUGGGCACCGUUGACUUUCUGGACUUGGACGUGAUGCUAGUUUUUCGGACAUGACGCUUUUUAUUUUCAGUGUAAAUUAUAGACCUACUGAAACUUUAAUAAUUACCCCAAAAUAUUCGCAAGAAAAUUUCACAGGCAAAAGGAUCAGCGAACUCAUUCUAGCGCACAUAUUUGCACAGACAACCUGUGACUUAGAUUUUUUUUGGAUUCUGAAUAUUCACUGAGUAAUAAGACAAAAAUUAUAUUAUACAAUUAAUAUUUUUUACAAUAUGGUUUCAUUUCCCGUCGCCGGGUUCAUCAUCUUUACUACUAUUUUAAUUCUUAAAGUUUCGGCGGACGACAUUCCGACGGUUUCCGGGAUAUUUGGGAGCAGUGUGACCCUCCGAAGCACCUACAACAAAAUUUCGGACGUUUUUUUGCGUGUUAGCUGGUACCGAAUGAUGCCGGAUGGUCGGGUAGAGCUCGUUGCUUAUUUCAGCUCUUACAGCACAAAGCUUGGCCGAUACAGCGGACAGAUACCCGAGGGCACCACCGAAGUCUCUCUUACUAUCAGCAAUGUGACAGUUGAAGAUUCCGGACAAUAUUUCCCAGUGGUGCAUGAAGAUUCAAAAAUAUCUACCGGGUCAGUAACUCUUCUGACUGUAACAGACCCCAGGAGAGACCCGAACUUGCAGCUGUUUGUCAGUCACAAACCGGAUGGCACAGCAGACAUACUCUGUAUGAUGAGGGACGUGGGUUUGGACUGGGAUGGGCCGCGUUUGAGGAUGGUAGAUGACACAGACACAUCACUGAUGGACAGCAAGACGGGGGAAGCCGUAAACAGCCAUGGUGUUUAUGUUCGAUCAGCCAUGAUGUCUUAUUCUUUGGGAAAGCAGAGUGUUUGCGUGGUCUGUGUCAGUCAGCACAAAGACAGACUUUCAAUAAGUCGACGUGAAGUCACACUGCAGCGCGAUGAGAUGAUCUGCCCGUGGCUGCUGGACCUGUCCCUGCUGUGUGGGGUCCUGUUUGUGGUAACCAUAGCCAUUGGUAUUGUGUGGUUUUACAAGGCAAAGUGAGCACAGGCAAGGGAUUCCCUGCUAUACGCGCUGAUGCUGUAAUUAAGCUGCUUUCAUUGCUCGGGGUUAACAACCAUCAUGUGUUACAUUUAUAUCAAUGUGACAAAAUCAAAAUAAGGAAACUAGCAUUGAAGGUUUUCCAUUAGAAAUGGCAUUGACAAUAUAAUAACAAUGAGUUAUCUCAGUGAUAAUUCACCUGUCUCCAUGUGAUCAAAAGCACAAAGUCAUUGCUUGGCCUGUUAUCAUUUAAGAGGCAGCUGUGAUGGAUUGGAUUCCUCAGUGUGUCUGUAUUUGGAGAGGGUAAUAUUCGUGGAUGUGUAUAAAAUUUAAAUAAAUUGAACAAGGUAUUUUAAAAUAUUAUUUAGCAGUAAUAUAGUUAGCUGUGAACUCUCUGUUGGAUAAGUUGUAGUUUAUUCAUUCUGAAGGUCAAAGCGUUGCUAAAAUAAAAACAGCCGCACAUGGCAUAAUAACUGAUAUAUGCUGUUGCAUCUCUUGACUUUAAUUUCAGUGCAGUUUUUUAAGUUAUUCUUUUGCAGCAAUGAGUGAUGUCUCAUUUUAUAAGAGGUCUGCGCGAUGUUCGAUGUCAAUAUCAUAAUCGCAAGUUAAUCGCCUAUAUUUAUACCGUGGUCAGACCAGAGACGUCACGUGGGUGUUGAUUAUUUUCCUGUAACCGCACAGGUGGUUCCGACAGCCUAAUAAUAGUUUUAUGAUAAUGCGUUUUAAUGUUUUAUUAAACAUGUUAAUAUAAGAAUCUGCGUGACAUUUUAAUUCAUAAAUCAGUCAUUAUCAGCAUAAUUUUACGUCUGUUGCAAGUCUGUUGAUGCUUUCUAUUGUAACUUCACGGAUUUGCUGCUGACCAGCAGUUUUAUCCUUAUAGGGACUAUAUUUUUAAGAGCACAUUGGAACAUUAUUGUCAUACCCGGCUCGUACGAUCCUCGUGUGUGCCACGCCCCCCUGAUUAUCCACGUGUGCUUCCCUGAUAGUACCCAGCUGUGUCCGAUUAUUUUCAAUCAGUCCUGUCUAUUUCAGUCCAUGUCUUGGCCUGCUUCCUGGUCUGUCAUUGAUGUUAGUUGGCGUCUGAUGUUUGCUAGUCCCUGUUCUCCCAUUAAGUCCGCGUAUUCCGCCUGUCUGCCUACUUUUUGUCCGUCUGCCUGCCCGAGUGACCACUCGUUCGCCCAGCGAUUCCAGCCGAGCGUGACAAUUAUGACGUGCUAAUUGGAUUAAUUUUAUUCUGAAAAAUUAACCAUAAUAGUUUGUUUGUUAGCUGUACGUGAUAUGAGCAGGAUAAACCACUUCGAGGUGUGCGGUUAUGCAAAAUAAUCAACACCAACUUUACUGUUACACCAAGAUGUCAUUUUCGUAUAACACAACUUAGCAAGCUUUGCAAAUUUAGUGACUAUUUCUUUUCAAGGUUUUUGCAUGAACUCAGCAAGCAUUUUCUGAGCCAGUGAUAUUCAUUUUCGUUCUGGCUGUUAUACCAGCUCACAGAAUAUGGCGGCAAGUUUGUGAGUAAGGAGGAGAACAGCAAACAAGAACUGCUCACUGUCAGGUCUAUUCUCCCAUCCGACGCGUAAGUGGAAAAAAAACACUUGAAGAGUUAUGCGAAAUAGACCUCAGCGUUUUUACAAAUAAACUGCCAUUUGAUGUAACUGUAAAUAUCAUUUUGUAUUAAAGGAAAUACAUACUCUGAUCCACAAAUGACUUUCUCCUUCUGUGUGUGUGGGGGCGGGUAACCUAAUCUAAUACUGUUCAAAUAAAGAAGGCUGGGGAAAUUCAACUAGUCUGACAUGCCCCUAGUACUGAGUACAGUGCUAUUGAUUCUUUACACCUAUGUAUUGACACAGCAGAUGUAUAUUGUAUCAAAUUAAAUAAUUUUACACUAUGCUGGCAAUAUUAAUACAAAUUGUAACAAAUCUGUAAUAUUAUCAAUGCAUCAACUUUGGCUUCUUGGAUUUUCAGCAAUGUAUUUAUUAUGAGUUGAAUUCUUUAGUAAAGUUGCUUGUGUUUAA